AAAUGUUGUAGACUUGAGUUCAAGCGUUUUCUAAAAUCUAAAUGAAAUAAAUUUAUAAAAUGUCGAUAAAGUGGACUGGUAGUGUCAGUGAUUCCGGUAUAUUACGGAAAAGUGAGUUCAAGGAGAAGAAAGAAGAGCUUUUCGUGUUCGGCUACUCGUGCAAAUUGUUCAGGGACGAUGAAAAAGCCCUGCACAUUGAUCAAGGCAAACACCUCAUACCGUGGAUGGGGGAUGAAACGUUGAAAAUCGACAGGUAUGACGCCCGAGGCGCGCUCCAUGACGUGGCGUCGCUGGAGGCGCCGCCGGGGGGCUUCGACUGGCGCGUCGAGCUCACUCGGAACGAGCAGGACGUGGAGCAGCUGUGCGAUGAAGAACGCUACCGAGCGCUGCAUACUGAUGAGGACGAGGAGGAGAUGUAUAAAGAGGAAGAACUGAAGCGUCUUCACGCUGCCGGCUAUGGGCAGGUCGGGUUCAACUACGACACUCCAGCAGCAGCCCCAGCCCCGACCACACCAGUGGAAGUGGAUGAGCCUUUCGUACCGACCCCGUCAUACAGAGCUCUGUUUGCUCCUGAUAUACUAUUGCCUGACUCCGUCAAGCAAAACACAAUAAUAGAGAAGACGGCGAACUUCAUCGCGUCCCAGGGCGCCCAGAUGGAGAUCCUUAUCAAGGCGAAGCAGGGCGACAACCCGCAGUUCCGGUUCCUGGACAUGGGGGCUCCGCUGCGGCCUUACUACCUCGCCCUGGUGGCGCUUGUGAAGGCUGGGAAGUGGCCGGAGAAGGCACCGGAAGUUGUUGAAGAAAAACAGCCUGAAACUGAUGAAUACCUGCAUCCCAGCUUGGCGUCAACGGUCAUUGAAUCUGCACCAUCCAUCCCAAGCAUCCACUACCGCCCCUCUGCCGACUGCGACUACACGAUGCUGGUCUCGAAGAUGCGAGGGGAAGCGACCCUGGAUGACAACUAUACCCCCGAGCUGGCCCCCGGAGAAGUGGCUCCACCGGGCACUGAACCUCUGCCUCCGAGACACAGGCCUGUGAUAUCCAGGGCGCCCGUCAUGUACACUAGGGAACAUGAGUCUCCCCCUCCCGCGCCGCCCUUGCCGCCCGCCCCGCCGCGCGCGCCGCCCACGCGGCCCGUCGGCGCCCGCUCCACCGGCCUCAGCCUCAUGAAGAACUAUAACACUGACUCGGAUAGUGAUGCUUCUGAUUACGACUCGUCCUCAUCGGACGGCAAAGACAAACCCCUAAUCAUAACUCCGCCCGAGGACGUGCAAGUGGUGAUCGACAAGAUGGCCGCCUACGUCGCGCGGAAUGGCGACGAGUUUGCAGAGAUCGUGCGCGCCAAGAACGACCCGAGGUUUACGUUUCUGGAGCCAGACCACAUUUACCACCCUUAUUACACGCGACUUAUGCAACAGAAGCGAGGAGGGGCGAAUGGGACCGGGAAGGAGGAGCCUAAGAGAACCACAGCACCAGUGUCAUUCUCAAUAAAGAAGCUAAAAGAACCGGAUCCGAUACUCCCAAAACCGGCUCUCCCCUACGAGUCCAGCUCCGACGAGGAGGCCGAAAAAACCGAAAAGACCGAAAAACCGGAAUCGCCCAAAUCGCAGACUCCCGUCAACCAGAUACCGCAGGCGGUGGUGUACAAGAUGGAGGCCCAGAAGGCCUCGCAGGAGCCUCCUAAGAUGCCCGUUGUGGAGAGGAAAGAGGAUAGCAUGCAGCCGGUUUUGGUGCAGCCAGAGAGGAUUAUCCCUAAACCAGAAAUACCACAGCCACGCAAAGAGAAAUCCUUAACCCCAGAAAAGAAAAUAGAGAAACCAAGAGACAGAGAUAGUCCAGUCAAAAGAGACAAGCGGAAACCCAGCAAAACAUCCAAAUCGGAAAGUAGGGAGAGAAAGGGAGAUCGGAGUGUGGAUAAGGAGAGGAAAAGAGAUAAGGAGAGUGUGAAGAAGAAUGAGGUUGAUGAAGUUAUAUCUUUGGAAGACAAUGAUGACGAUUUGAUUGAUUUGACUGGAGACUAUUCGGAUACUAAAAUGGAGGUGGAAGGGUCGGCGUCGCGGGAGAAGCAGCGGUCGCGGCGCGCGCGCGCCGCCGAGUUCCUGCGCCGCGUGGGCGUCGACCCCGCGCACCCCGCCGCCGCCGCCGCGCUGCCCGCCUGUUCCCUUGCCAGCGCCAUGGUGGACACGCUAGAAUCCCUUCGAAAGAAGAAAGAAGAGGAGGAGGAGAAACGCCGGCGCCGUGAGAAGAGACGGCACCGCUCCAAAUAUGAUGACGACGAUGAAAAGGCCCAUCGCAAGAAGCGCAGAAAAUAUAGAUCUUCAGAAGAAAAUGAAGAAUCAGAUAUAGAUAGUUCUAAGAGGAAAAAGCGUAAAAAGGACAAGAAGGCCAAGAGCAAGAAGAAGAAAAAGCGAGAAGUAGAGGAAGAGGUAGUUCACGAGCUACCCCCGAACAUCGACUUAUCCAACACUCUCAAAGUACUGCGCACCACUUCCCCCACUAAAGAACUAUGCCAAAAUCUAGAAACACAGCAGCAGCGGCAACCAUCCUCUGACGAAGAAAGGUACAGAAGGAAAAAGAACGAAUCUUCAAGCGAAGACGAACGGCAUAGAAGGAAAAAGAAAAUUGACAAAGAAUCUUCUAGUGACGAAGAAAAAGAGUAUAAGAGGAAGGAAGAGAGCGAACAGAAGGAACAUAGAAGGAAAAAGAAGAAGAAGGAAGAUAGGGAGUACAGUGAGGGGGAGUGGUCGAGCGACAGUGAAGAGGAUUCUGCCUCGAGUAUUAGUAGAGAUGACUAGAUUAUAUAUUACUAGUAUACCUAAAUAUUUGUAAGUAUACAAUAAAAGGCAUAUUUCAUUCAGUUCGUGCUAAGAUUACUUUUUAUGUCAAACUGUAAGAUACAGAACACCAUUGUAAGUACAUUAACGAACAUUAACCAUUAUCAUGCGAAUGUGUAAUUAUUCAGACAAUUUAUUUUUCAAUAAAAUUUAAGGAAUCGAAUUAGGGUACCAUUUUUUGUAACUUAGAAAAUAAAAAAUACUAAAAUGUUUUAAAGUUUGAGUUCUCGUUUCUUUUUAAAAUUUCCAUAUUUUUUAGCUUAGAGGAUAUAAACAAACGGAUACGCCAUGUCUGUAAUUUUCGGUACAAAAAAGUCUGCCGAUUUUUGCGGGGGAGGGGCACGUCAAAUGUAUAGGUAUAGUUUGUAGCUUUCCAAUAGACCCCGAGCAAUAUUUGGCACCUGAGCGCGGGCUAGUUUAACGCUCAAAAAAGCAACUCUGUGUAGAUGCGCUCUCCGAUAACGCGCCUCUGUUACGCAUCAUAACGUAAAAAUAGCCAUGUCAGAUAAACGUCAGUCCAUACAAUGUGUAUAUAGCCGCCUAUUUUCGACAGAGGGGAACGCCUGUUAAUGACUACUCCAUUUGGUUAUAUCCUCUAAGUUUUUUGUGUCCAAUUUAAUGUGAUAAAUUUCUCAUUUUCCUUUUAUUUAACUAAAAUUUGUUAUAAUAUUCAACAUGUGUAGAAUAUAAUAAUUAUCCCAUUCCAAUUAUCUCAUUGCCACAUGUGUUAUCUAAUUAGGGGUCAUCCAUUAAAUACGUCACACGCUUAGGAGGAGGGGGUCAAGAAGUCACAAACUUCGUCACGUCACUUUAACUUCACUUUACGGAAGUGUUCUUUUUGUAUUCGCGGUACAGUCAACUGUAAAAAUAUGGGUGCAUAAAUCAUCUCAAACAUAUGUCCCACAGCUCUUAUGUCGGCGACUUAAGAACUAUGGAACAUAUUUUUACCCAUAAUUGUGGCCUGUAACCAUAUUUUUACAGUUGACUGUACAGCUCAAUAACUAGGUUUUGCAACGUUAUACCUUAUUUAUUUGUUAAGAGGAGACAUGAGCUGAGUUUCAAAUAUUUUAGGUAAAUAUACCCGUCUCGCUAACGGAAGCGGCAACUAAAAGUAGUGCGAUAAGGACAAGGCGAAAAAUCCUGCGUAAAAAUCUCAAGAAUCGAGGUUUCGUACUCCUCUGUUUCCUCCCCCAAAACUUAACCAAUCGUAACCAAAUUUGGAAAUCUAAAUGAUUAUGAAAUUAUCUGUGUCCAACCGUUUUGCUUUUUUGGCUAAUUGAUAUCAGUUUUGAAUGCCACGCCUCUCAUUGCGGCAUAGUCAAUUAGGCCAUUUUGGCCAUUUUUGAAGGGCUCUAGCGCCUUAAUAAACAAAAAUAUCAAAAAAAGCAAAACGGUCCGACACAGAUAUUGACAAUAUUAAUCUGUGUUGAAAAAAUCAUUGCUCUAGCUUCAAAAACCACGGAGGAAAACGAGGAGUACGUUUGUAUGGAGAAAUGACCACUCCUGUUGGCUCUUAACCUUUUCGACGCCGUGUCAAACAUAAAAGCAGUCACACGGACGCCACGUCACCGAUGUGUCAAAACUGAAAUUGAACUUUAUGCAUAUGCACGUAGGUCUAUGUUGCUCUGUGGUCUGUGACCGAUUAAUGCGUCUUUGGCGUUGUGGAUAUAUCGGUCAUUGGCGACCAAAAGGUUAAUUUUUAAUUCAUAAUCGGUUCCCUAUUAAACAAUUGCUGUUAUUAGAAUAUUUUUUAUCAAAAUAAUAAUACUUCAGUAGAAUUGCUAAUUUCGUUGAUAACAAUAUUGCCAAAUAUGUGUAGUCACACCAGGGGAGUGGGGGGUUGCCAAAUGUGACCAGGUGUGACAAGGAAGAGGGGAAGGGGUCAAAAAUCAUGAAAAUCGUGUGAUGUAAUUAUGGAUGACCCCUUAUCAGUGUCUUAUUUCAUUAGUAGUUAGACCAUUUGUAACUAAAUAAAGUACAAAUCGUUAUAACCCUUAAGGUAUCACAAUAAUGUACAUUUUAGUUGCUGUUUAUAGUGUAUAAGAUAAAUAUAUAUGCCUUGUUUAUUAUGUAAAAUAUAUUUAUAAUAAAGUACUAUAAUUGUAA